UGAAUACGAAAGUCAGGAUUUUGCUUUCUUGUGACCUGUUGAAACUGCCUAUUGUUUGUGCAAAUAUUUGGAACCUUCAUUGUGCAGUUAUGGCCACAAUGUGAAUGGUAAUACACUUUCACAGUAAAUUGUAAGUGCUACAAAUGGAGUCGCGACUCCUGGGCUCCUUGGAUAGUAAACAGAGAGCUUUAUCUCCAUGUGAUAGUUUGGAGAAAGGCAAGAGAAUGAGGGCUGCACUGUUUGGACUUGAAAAGAAGUUAAAUGAUUCUUUUGACCUCAGCAAAACAUUUCCACGCUUAGCAAAGCCUGCACUGAGGAAGGUACCUCCAGGCACCUACUGGAACUUGGAAUCUUUCACAGGUGAAUCUCUGAACUCCUAUAGUUACUCUUCUGUGGCCUCCCGAAAUCUUCUCAUGACUGAUCUCAGUGGUUCCAUUUCUUGCCCUGGGUCAGCUUCUAAUAUAUCAAGCAACUUUUGGAAUCUUCUAGGGAGUGAUGGCAAUUCUACCUUCCCUGCUGCAGUACGCAACCCAAACAAAGCCAUCCUUACGAUUGAUGGACUGACUACAGAGAUAUUAGUGGCCAAUGACAUGGCCUGUAAGCUGCUUUCUUAUAGUAGCAAAGAGCUAAUUGGUCAGAAGUUGUCAUUGUUCGUGUCAAAGUCCAGUCAUUUGCUGGAACAGGUGAUGAGUGAAGAACAUCCAGAACCUGAUGGACAAGUUGUGACUAUCUCUGGAAAAGUGAUUGAUAUUAUUAAUAACGGUGGUGUAGAGAUCCCUGUGUCAGUCUGGAUGAAGCACAUGACUGGUGAAGACAAGCGGUGCUGUGUUGUGGUGAUGGAACCUGUAGAGCGACUUACUGCCUCUGUCACAUUCACAGGCAGUGGAAGAAUUGUAUCCUGUGAUGCAUCAUUUGCCCAUCUCCAUGGAUAUGCAUCUAUGGAUGAAGUAAUAGGCUUUGCAAUAACUGAUCUCAUACCUUCAAUAAAGAUACCCUCAUCUUGCACGAAGAUACCAAAGAAUUUGAAAAUUCAGCGUGCGGCUGGCAGAGCAAAAGAUGGCACUACCUUUCCUCUCAGCAUUAAACUCAGUGAUAAAUGCCUACAGGGUCCAAGCAGUGAAGACCAUCAUCCUCCUCUUGCACCAGAUGUCAAUUAUCCAGCUGUAUCUGAGGAAGAUGAUGAGAAUCAGAAAGUGGCUUUCUCAGGAGUUGUGUGGGUUUUCACUACCAUCAGUGGAUUGAUCACUCUUCUGCCAGAUGGAACGAUUCACAGUUUGAAUAAUAACUUUGCACUGAUGUUGUUUGGUUAUGAGAGCAGAGAAUUACUGGGCAAGAAUAUUGCAUUCCUAAUUCCUGGGUUCUAUGACUACAUGGAUCCUAUUGAUGAUGGCUUUAUACCAUUGCCAUUACUGGAUAAUUGUAUUCAGGAAGUAGAGGUUUGUCGUAAUAGUGAGACAAGUGAAGGAGGAUGCCACAGUUACUCGGCAUUAUCUGACAAUUUGGAGGAUAGCAUUAACCCACUGAGCAGUGACUUCGAGGUACCUAAUGUACUACCUGUGGUGUCUGCAGUGAGAAAAGAUCCAAGCCCGCUGCUUGCUGGGGAUACCGGUCUUAUACAGCAGCAGCAAGAACGAUGCGGCCGUGGGCCGAGCAUCUCGAUUUUUACUGGAACCAGUUCAAGGCUAGAUGCUGACGGUAGCGUCCCCUCCACCAUGUCAUCUCCCAAAGUCACCUCUACACCUUUCAGCAGGCUAGGGAGUGACAAUGAAAAUGAACAAAUUAUUGCCCAGACUGAUCAGUGUUAUGCAGUGGGCCAGAACAGUAAUUCCGUACUGCUUUCGGAAAAUAGGACUGGCACACAGGAUCGUUUCAUGAUGCAAUCCAUCACGUCUCACUGGCCAAAACAGACGGAGAGCUGUCCAUCUCGCCUUGACAAAGUUCACCUUGAGGAAGGCCAGGAAAAUUUGGUGCCAAGAGACUUGAUAGAGACACUGCAUUAUCCUAUUGUAUCUGGGAAUUGUCCAAUUUCGGUGACCUCCACAGCAGUCUGUGAUGAAGUGGGUCCAGUACCAGGACCGUCAAUUUUAAAUCCACACUGGUCCACUUUUGGCACCCCAACCUGUCUGCCGGGAGAUGAGAUUGACAGUUUGAAUGGGGACUGCAACUUUAUUAAACAGCACCAUAGCAAAGUCUGUAAUUCCCCAGGAACUCCGACCCUGGAUGAAGUGUUGCCUGGAAAUAGAAUCUGUACUUACAUUGCCCAUCUGGAGACUUCAGAAAACAAAUAUGAUGGAUGUAACUUAGUGCCCGACAGUUGUAUCAGUGGCAAAUGCAGUACUUUAGGUACAGCUAACAAAGGGAGUUUACGCUCCCAGCCACUCACUGUGCUGUCUGAUGACCGGAAAGAACAAAUGAGUGCCUCCAAUAGUGUUUCUCUGGACAGGCUAAACUGUCAAAUAAAAUUAUCCGCAAGUCAAUAUAUUCAGAGUGACAUAGAGGCUGUAAAUGCCUCUGAGGCUGAUGUGAAUCAGAUUUUCUGUGGUCUCAAAGAUUUAGAGCUCAGCAGUGACUCUGAGCUGGUUUCUGUAGAUCAAUCGGGCACUUCUUGUGGUACCUCAGAACUUCUCAGGACUCCAUCUCCCUAUGUUAUAGAUUCAGAUCUCGAGCCAGAAGCUAGGAGCAGCACAGGCUCCCCAGCAGCUGAUUUGGCAGAGCCAAUGAGUACAAGUACCUCCAGUUGCAGUGACCGAAGUGGAAAGUUAGCCAGCUGCUGUGUAGCAGUAUCGGAACAGAUCGCUGAUUCCAUGUUGGCUGAUGAUUUACCCGCAAGAUCAAUUUACAGCUGGGAUUCUCACUAUAAUAGUGAAAUGAUGAGCAGUAGUGAACUUUCACUGUGGCGUAGUCCUUGCCUGGGAAUGUCAGAAAGUAAGGAUGUGUUGGAGGGGCAUGUGACAUCAACACCAAUAGCCAAGAAACAGCUGAAAAGUCAAGCUUCGUUAGGUCCCAACAAUGAAAUUAUUGAAGGCAACUACACUGGCAACUGUUAUCACAGGGACGGUUCCAGGCUCUGUAUUGUAUUUCAGGUCAAAUGUCUGCAUCUACGAGAUGGAGGAAAGUUGUAUUGCGUGUGGGUAGUCCGUGAUCAUUGUCAGAGUCGGAAAGAGGCUGCACUAAAGACCCUUCUAAUGUCCACGCUGAACAGCACCUCCCUGUCUGCAGACCACUCUGUCAGUUUAGGAGAGGCUAUAAUGGAGACUGCCAGGUCGAAUGGUUUGAAGAGUUCGGAGGAACUGGAAGCAAUGAAAGCUUGUGAAGGGGAGUACUCGGAGUAUUAUAACACCCUGAGCCCACUGGGGAAAGGAGCUUUUGGCUUUGUGUGGACAGCCAGUCAAAAGCACAGCAAGCAAGAGGUUGUGGUGAAAUUUAUUCGGAAGGACAAGAUUGUGGAGGACUGCUGGCUGGAUGAUAUGGACUUAGGCAGAGUAAGUCAAGAGAUUGCAAUCCUUGCAAGACUCAACCAUCCUAACAUAAUCAAGGUCCUUGAUGUGUUUGAGAAUCAGGAUUUCUUUCAGCUUGUGAUGGAGAAACAUGGAGUUGGUUUAGAUCUCUUUGAGUUCAUUGAUCAACAGCCAGACCUAGAUGAGCCAUUGGCCAGCUUCAUAUUUAGACAGAUUGUGGCUGCAGUGGAUUACCUGCACAAUAAAUGCAUUCUACAUAGGGAUAUCAAAGACGAGAAUGUGAUUAUUGAUGAGGAUUUCACUGUCAAACUCAUUGACUUUGGUUCAGCUGUGAAUUUGGAACCUGGGAAGGUUUUUCAUACGUUUUAUGGGACAAUUGAAUACUGCUCUCCAGAGGUGCUGAUGGGAAACCCGUACUCUGGGCCUGAAUUAGAGAUUUGGUCCCUGGGAGUGACCUUGUAUACCCUAGUCUUUGCAGAGAAUCCAUUCAGUGAUGUGGAAGAAACAGUGGCAGCUAAGCUCAAACCACCUUUUCAGGUGUCUGAUGAAUUUAUGAAGCUGGUGUCCUUGAUGCUGCAGCCUGAUCCUCACCAGCGCCUGAGCCUAGAGGAGCUAAUGAAGAAUGCCUGGGUGACACAGCCAGUCAAUCUAGCACUGUACACCUGGGAGGAAGUGUACUCCAGCAAAGGAAGACUAUCAAGAAACUGUUCUGCAAUGGCCAGAGAGAACUGUGGGGAUUUCAUUCCUUCUUUAAAGUUAGCAGACAGAGGGAGUGAAGUGUGUGCUGAUGAGGAUCAUCUCCAGGAUGGCCAUGAAUGUUGUGAGCGGUAUGGAAGUGAUGAGGAGAAUAUGGAUCACCAAAUACUGCCAUCUUCUGAAGAGCUCCAGGCUGACCUCCUCAAAUACCUGCUCAGCCAGGUCUGACAGGAACAUGCUCGUGCUACAAUAAGCAGUGUAGCCACAUUUGCACUUGUUUUCAGUUUGUUUUAAUACCUUUUAUUUUCAACUUGUAAUUUUUAUUACAUAGUAGUGGGGAUCAAUGAGGUCUGCUGCAGGCCUAAAGUGGAGUGGCUCUUUGAGCCUACUAUUGUGCUGGGGAGAGAUGUAACAUGUGCUGUGCUUCUGUGAAUAUAGCACCACACUGUGGGGGACUGCUGAACUCCAUGCUAAUAAUUCUUGUUGAGUCUAACUCCUGAAGCAGUUGCAGGUUCACACUUGGCUAUCCCUCAUCAUUGAACCCUGGUAGGAGUGCCAGCAAAAACAGCCUCCAUACCAAGUCUCAUCUAACUUCCAUAUGUGCAUUUUGACUGAACAGCAAUUGAAAACCACUUUCUACCCUGGGAUACUGAAGUAACCAUAGGUUGACCCUUAUUUCCCCAAUUACGACUCCUUUAAUUGUACACAGAUCAGGCAAUUCAAAUCCAUUCCAGGGACUUUUAGAUGAGUAUUGCUGCUGAUUUUAGAGGCCCUGGAAUGAAUGCCUCUCUUUAUUUGAAGCCAUUGGUACUUGUUUUGUCACAUAUAUGCUUCCUUCAUGCAACCACAACUUAGAACACGUGGCAGCAGAGCCUGCUGGGAACAAAAGUCACUUCUAGGGAUCAGUGGAACUCUGGGAGAAAAACACAUCUUUGUGAAGGCAGGGAAUUCAGUCAGUUUGCAAAGAUCCAAACCAAGGAGAGAGAAAUGCAGAACUUAACCCAGCAGAGAAUCUGCCUGUCUGUCUAGUAAUAUUGCACAAUGAACACUCCUUCUCUUGCACUCUUAGCCCAUGGCCCCACCAACGACUAGCCAUUGCAUGCAAAUUAUGCUUAGGAUAUUGAAUCUAACAAAUUCCCUAAUGACAGGAGUAUGCAAACAGCACAGUGCCCAUCACAGGCUGUGUACGAGUUGAGGGUGAGCAGUUUAUUCACACUCCAUUGAUAAAUUGGUGUUUCACUAAGAGGGCAGCCUGAUGUCCUCCGAUAACUUCAUAUACACAUGCACUGAAUGAUAGAGUCUGAACCUUUAGUUUUUGGGGAGGGUUAUGAAUAUUACAACUGUUUAACAAAUUACAUGGAGAAUUUCCUUCCAAUUUACUGUUUUAACUAGGAGCUCAUGCCUAACAUGUUAUGGCAGAUCAGCAGACUGACUCCGAGGUUAACAUGCAUUAGCCUCUGGUAAUGGAAAUCUGAAUGCUUCCCUAAAAGUGCCUUAGUGCAUAAAGAAAUGUAUGUUCACCCUAAAGAAGAAAUCCAAGCUGAAGUAAUUGUACACUGAAUAUGCCUUUUUUAAAAAAGUGGCUACACAGUAGUUGGGAGCAUGUUUUUAAGGGUUUGUUCCAAGUUUAACACUCAUGUAUUAGCACACUUUAUACUCUAUUUUAUUCACAUUAGAUUUGUAUAUUAUUAUUACAAAGGACAAAUCACUCAAUGUAAAAAAAAAAAGUUUGAAUAUUAAGGUCACAUAUUGAGGGUACUGAAUGUCAAUAAGACACAUCAGGAAUGUUAGUUUUGCUCUUUGUGACCAUUCAUCAUUGUUCACUGAUCAGAGCAUCUUGGAAAUCUUUGAAAUCUGACAAUCAAUUAAGCUUGCUCUUUUAUUUCAGUUUCUGGUUGAUAGUGCAUUGGGAAUUUGAUUUAUUACAGAUAUGUUUUGGUAUUUGUGUGAAACAACAACCAGACAGCCCCUCACUGCGCACUCUGAACUGCUAUUUCAGCUGGGGUUGAGCUAUACACUGCAUGAGUCAUAAUUCAUAAUGCUUAUUUUGCAGAACCUAGGGAGAGAGUUUGGUCAGAAUUUUUAGAAAGCAACAUCUUGUUAAGCUACAUGGACUAUUGCACUUAAAACAAAUGAAUUCACCUUUAUUGAGAAAUUGAGUUGAAAUCAGGGUUCAUUGAAGUCAUUUAUUGUACAGUGUUGUUCUGUAGAUUUCCUGAGAUGAUCAGCAAUCCCAAGUGAAUGUUUCCAGCAUACUGUUUUUUUUAAACUGAAACCUUUCAGUCACCAAUAUUCUACAUUGUUCUAUCAUCUAAUGUUAUUUGCAACCUAUAAAAUGCAUUUGCUUAAGGUUUCCUGCGCUUCUUGCCUACUCCUCAAACUGAUUUCAGUAAAUUUCUCAAAUUUAUAACUGAUUUCUUGCUAAAGUUAUACAUUUUACUGUAAAACAAAGGAUUGAAUGAUGAAACCAUUUAGUGAUAGACAUCAUUAUCUCUCUUCAUUCGAGGACUGCAGUCUGAAUUCUCCAGCAUUGCUUAGUUCCAGAUUAAAGUUACCACGAAAGCUUUGCUUCCAUAUGAAGUAAGUUAAUGGAUAGUUAUUUUAAUUUAAUGUUUUUGUGCAUUUAAGUUAUAUUCUGGUGUUCUGGCAGUUUAUUUUUAAUAAAGCUGGUUUCUAUUCCAAAAAAAAGCAACUUGGCUAACAGAUUGCUAACCUUUGCACUACACACUUCCCUAAAGAAAUAGUCAGCUGUUCUUCAAUAGUAUAACCAACUCUAUCUUACGACAUGAGUAGACUAUUGCUAUCUUUGUUUCCCAUGUGUUACAAGGUGCUGUGAGAUAAAAGUCUCCCUGCACGUUGGGAAUAUAAAUCAGCACUUCCCAAAAUCUUUCUCCCCUGUGAGCCCAUUUCAAGAGCUGAGGGCCCCUUGGUGAGACAUUGGUGUGCAGAGGGUGUGGGUGAGGGGAUUUGCAUGCUGUUAAAGCUGAAGUGUUGCUGUUAAUCUUCGUUCCAUGGUAGCUACUGCUGUCUCAGCUGACAACUACAUUUCAGGUCCCGACCUCCAUUUUUCAGAAGCCUGAUUUAAAAACAUUUCUGCUUCUCUUCUGAACUGCAUUGCUUUUCUACCAUCCUACUUUAAUGUGUUAUAUACAGCCACAACAAAAGAAUGUCCUAUACUCCCAUUCACAACAAUGACACUAAUUCCAACUUCUGAUUUAGUCUGGCUAUAUCUACAAUGUGUUACAAAACUCUGUAUAUUUACAAAACUUAGUUUGACAGGUCAAAAUUAUUAUAAAUUGUUAAUUUCUGCUCUGUAUAGUAAGCUUUCAGGGACCUUAGUUAUACAUUGACUGAUUAUAAAUAUUUGGUAUCAUCGUGUGUACAAAUGGUACCUAAAUGCUGUGAUGUGUAAUUCAACACCUACAACAUCUUACCAGACUAGUCAGAAACAAUUAGAACUGUUUUAACCAUUAUCCUGACCUUGCCAAACCUGUUGGGAUCACCAAGUGUCAUGAGAAUUAUAUAAAGUGUAAUCUAUUAUAUAUUUCAUAAAGAUUCCAAGUGUCAGAAUGAAUUAUUUAAGCUUUGUACCUCCUUGACCUUUUACAUACAAUAUUUUUGUAUUUGUGCUGUGUAAACAGUAAAGUUUAUCUCAAACUGA